UACAGCAUUCCUUACUUGACAUUCCUUUUUACACUAGAAAAAUGGCGCCGAUGACAAGGGAUGUGGGAGACAAGGGUCAGCGGACAUCCAUUGUCUUUGAUGUGUCAAAGAGGGAGCUCUUUUCAACGCAGAAUGGAUUCAAACAACUCAACAAGAAACUCAGAUCAAAUUGGAAAAUUGUCAGCAAUAAAGAUGAGAUUACAGACGAAAAGUUGACGAAUGCUAAGGUCUUUGUGAUUGCUGGACCAAGGGACAAAUUCACAGCACCAGAGUUUGAAGCCAUCAAGAAGUACAUGGAGAAUGGAGGCAGUGUGCUUGUCAUGGUAGGAGAAGGAGGAGAGACAAAGUUUGACACCAACAUCAACUUUCUCCUCGAAGAAUUUGGGAUCAUGGUAAACAAUGACUGUGUAGUCAGGACAUCCUACUUCAAAUACUUUCAUCCGAAGGAGGCGCUGGUAUCAAAUGGAAUUUUAAACAGAGCAAUUAGUCUAGCCGCGGGAAAGAUCACACCAGGUGGUGGUGAUGAAGAUGCACAGAAUGAUACACAAGCCUUGACAUACCUCUAUCCAUAUGGAGCAACACUGAACGUAGCCAAGCCUGCAUCUGCUAUCCUAUCCACAGGAACAGUCUGUUUUCCUCUUAAUAGACCGGUCUGUGCAUUACACUCCUCAAAAUACUCCAAAGGAAAGCUGGCCGUCAUAGGGUCCGUCCACAUGUUCUCAGACCAGUAUCUGGACAAGGAGGAGAAUAAUAAGAUCAUGGAUGUCCUCUUCAAGUGGCUGACCACAGAUGAAGUGGUUCUCAAUGCUAUAGAUGCCGAAGAUCCAGAGGUAUCGGACUACAACUUUCUGCCCGACACGGCUAAGCUAGCAGAUAAACUACGGACAUGCUUACAGGAGAACGAGGAGACGCCCAGAGAUUUCAACACUCUCUUUGAUAACACGUUGUACAGUCUGGACACCAAAGUGGUUCCUAAAGUUGUCAGAGCGUAUGAAGCCCUCAACGUGAAGCAUGAAAAUCUGUCGCUGAUUCAACCCCAAUUUGAAGUGCCCCUGCCUCCUCUUCAACCAGCCGUGUUUCCUCCAGCUUUCAGGGAACUUCCCCCACCAGCCCUAGAUCUGUUUGACCUAGAUGAAUCGUUCUCGUCAGAGAAAGCAAGACUGGCACAGAUCACAAACAAAUGUACUGAUGAUGAUCUGGAGUACUACGUUCGUGAGUGUGGAGAUAUCUUGGGCAUCAGCAUGAAGCUACCGGCAGACUCCAGGGAUGCUAAACACAUCCUGGAGCAUGUCUUCACACAAGUCGUGGAAUUCAAGAAACUCAACCAAGAUGCUGAUGAUGAAGUCAUGUGAUCCCAUACAGUACUCUGAUUGGACAACCUUCACCUUCAUCUGUCCUCUGUCGCUAGCACUGUCAACAUCUCAUGAAAGACGCCCAUGAAGGAAGCAACAUUCAGCAAUCAGCUGACUUUGAUAGAUGUUCACAGUGUAUAGAAGUGUAGCAGGACCAAGUAGCUAUUGCUUGCAGUAGACCGGUCUAAUAAUGUAUUCAACAUAUAUGGAUAUUUCUCAAAAAAUGCUCUUGAUGGUCCAAAAGCUUUCUUUCUCAGCUUUUCCAGUCAUAUCAACAGUUGAUAGAAGGAAGGUUAAUUUAUUGGUCCUAAUGUCUUGUUAAGAUAUGAUGCGGCCAAACUGUGGUAGUUUUUUAACAACGUAAAGUGUGAACAUGCUUCACACUUGUGUAUCCUAUAACACAGACCUCAGCGAAUACACACAGUCGCCAUUACAUGUAGAAAACCUGUGGACGUUUGGCACGUCAUAUCUGAAAGGGCCUUUCACUAUGAAUAUGACGGACAAAGAAAGAGGACAAAAUAUACAGUUCCUUAUUCUACCCUCAAUAAUUGCUGUAGUAGACAAAGGAACAUCCUUUCACUGCUAUUAUUUAAAAAUGUGUAGAAC